GGGUCCUGAAGGACAUCUUCGCCAGCCAAUCAUCUUCCAAAACUAGAAAACAGCGGCCCGAACUUGCUGUCCAACGGCCAAUCAGCGCGGAGCUGUGAAAGAUUCCAUUUCCCCAGCCAAUCCGUUUUUCAGGGUCGCCCUCCGCCACCCCAGCCAAUCAGCUUCCCGGUAGCGCGACUCCGGCAGUGUCUGCGUCGCCUCCGCCGCCGGGAAGAUGGCCCAGAGGCUCGCGCUGAGGAGGUUUCUAUUCAUCUCCCCCCAAAAGCUCUCUGUGCUGCCUGUGUCGAUCCUCUCCAAGGUGUCGGCAGUACCAUGCUACCCUAGAUCACUUGUCCCUCUUACCCAGAUCACUGUGCCUGCUUCCAUUAGGACAUUUUCUACCACACCUGUCUACAGGGCCACCUUUAACAUCCAGGAUGGGUCUGACUUCCAGGACAGAGUUGUGAACAGCCAGAAGCCAGUGGUGGUAGAUUUUCAUGCACAGUGGUGCGGCCCCUGCAAGAUCUUGGGCCCCAGGUUAGAGAAGAUGGUGGCCAAGCAGCAGGGGAAGGUACUGAUGGCGAAAGUGGACAUUGAUGAUCACACAGACCUGGCCAUUGAAUAUGAGGUCUCAGCUGUGCCGACUGUGCUGGCUAUGAAGAAUGGAGAUGUUGUGGAUAAGUUUGUGGGGAUAAAGGAUGAGGAUCAGCUGGAGGCCUUCCUUAAGAAACUCAUUGGAGCCUGAGCAAGAGAAACCUGCACCUAGGCCUCUGGAUUUGGUCAUGUUGCAUGUUCUCUUGCCAGGGGAGGCGUGAAGCGAAACUGAACAGCCUUGUAGAACCUGACCCCUUUUUUGUGUGUGGGUGUGGCCCACCUUCUCCUCCUGGGCAGCAGUAGUCCUGAGCAAUUCUGAGGGAUGGUGAGAAGUAAGGCCGCUCAUCCUCAAAGUGGGUGGGAGAAGCUGGAAUUGGGCUUCCAUCUGUCUGCAAAGAACUGGCAGUGGGGAAAGCAGGACGGCUGUUGAAUUAGAGGUGUGUUUAUCAGUGUCUGUCCUAUCCAGACCCAGAGCAGUGAGUGCAGGAUGUGGACAUGUAUUUGCUCUGGGUGGGUUUGUUAAAAUCGGGGAUUGCUCUGCUUCAUCCAUGAUACCUGCAUCCUUGUCCUCAUGUUGCUGGGACAAAUAUGAAUCCUCCGUGGCUCCUUGAGCCUAUGCCACACUCUUCCCUGCUGCUGAUUUAUGAAGAGAAACAUUUUUUGGGGGUGGGGUUUGUAGGUCUGUAAUAAAGAGAACUUUAUUAAUCA